UUAAAUAAUUCGAGAAUAUCAUAUAAAAUGGAAGAUCCUUUGAAUACUGUGAUAGAUUCUUUAAACAAACAAGCACUGGAAGAUGAAGAUCUCUUUAUAGGUUAUAAGAACUGGGAUCGACUUAUCACUGCAGCUUCUACUAUUGGUUAUAAAGAAGGCAUAGAAGAUGGACAAGAAUCGGUAUUUCAAGAAGGAUUUGAUAUGGGCUAUAAAGAUGCUUUCAAUACAGCAUUUAUGUUAGGAAAAUAUAAAGGUCUAAUUAGUUCUAUGCAACAAAAUAUGGAACUAUCGUCGGUUGUAAAUGAUAUACUUCAUGAAACUAAAAAGGGUAUAUGUUAUAUAUGCAACGAAGAAUCGCAAAAUAAAGAUGAUAAUGGACAAAUAGAAGACAUGCCAUUUAUAAACAUUAUAGAGAAGCAAAAAACAUAUUCUAAGAAUAUUAUCAAGACAUUACAUAAAAAUCUUGAGUUGAUCAUGGUAAAAAAUAAUAUCGAUAUCCACAAAUUACCAACGAAUAUAUGAUUUUAUAUUUAUAUUUUAAAGAAUUAUAGGAAUAAAUAUUGUACGAUAUUGUUUUUUGUUAAUAAGUUUGUAUUGACACGAAUGAUGUUCUUAUAUUAGCAGUAAAUAAAGAGUAAGAUAAAGUGUAAA